GGUUAGUGAGAGAGCUGCUAUCACUGUAGGUAAACAAGUGUAGAGAAAUCAGAGAGCUCGUACGCCAAAGCUCAGGCUCCCUGAGCAGAUAUUUGAACUGGUGAGAAGCGGGGAUCGAAGGAGAGGCUAGACAGCUUGCCUUACCUGUGUUCCCAGUCCAGAGCAUAUCCAGCAAAGGCAAGAAAAAGCUUUCCUGUAGUAAAGAGGGGAAAAAAGGUAAAGUGGGGAAAGAGACACUUUGGGAGCAGAAGAAAAAGAGCAUCUGGGGGAAUAACUGUGAUGGAAAACCUGCCCGUCUAUCACGGACCCAUCGGCAAGGACGAGGGAGAAAGGCGGCUGGGCCAGGACGGCCGAGACGGGUGCUACCUAGUCCGCAACAGUGACACCGUGGAGGGUGUCUACUGCCUGUGUGUGCUAUGCCAAGGAUACGUCUACACAUAUAGAAUCCACAGAGAUGAUGCAGGCUCAUGGGCAGCAGAGACCACUCCUGGUGUGCAGAAACGAUAUUUCCGGCAAAUCAAGAAUUUGAUAGCAGCUUUUCAGAAGCCUGGACAAGGAAUUGCCAUGCCUCUGCUCUACCCUGUCACCGCUCAGAGACGGGCACAGACACACACAGAGGAGUCCGGUAAUAGCCCGUCGACGACGGAGAGCAGCCCGAACCCUUACUUCCAGCAGCGGAUGCCACAUGCUGCACAGGGACAGAAAAACAGGAACAAGAAGGAGGUGCGACAAGCUUUUGGUUAGGGGCGAACCCUAAGCUGCACCACUGACCUCAUUUCUAAGCAGAAAUACUGCCAGGGCACCAUUCCUGCUGUUUGCGUUUUUUGCAUAAUGUGCAUCAAGUAAAUGUCAUUCCCCCCCCCUAUUUGCUACAUUGAGCUCAUUUAGGCUCCAGCAGUGACUCAGAUCUCAGCCUCCUUCUACUUCUUUUUUUUUUUUUGCAUAUGCAGCACAGAAAGUGCCCCCCCCCCCUCCUCCCCUCUUAACUUUCUGGGAUGUAAAAGAUUCAGCUGCAGAACCAUUAAUAUCCAU